AUGAAUGUUUUACAAUUGAUAGUGUUCGAAAAAAAAGGUGGGUUAGCUUUCUUUUGGAAAAAAGAAUUCGAGGUUACUGUCAAUGAUUCUUGUGAUAACUAUAUUGAUAUGAUUGUGAAAGGGCCGGAGGGAGGUUCUUGGAGACUUACUGGUUUUUAUGGAUUUCCAGGGAGGUGGAGAAGAAGGGAGUCUUGGAACUUAAUUCAUAAUUUGAGCUUGAGUUGUUCGCUUCCGUGGUGCAUUAUUGGUGAUUUUAACGACAUUGUUUCUCAUAAUGAUAAACAAGGUGGGGCAGCUCACCCAAAUUGGUUGGUGAAUGGGUUUAAAGAUACUGUUAGCAUGUGUGGAUUGGAGGAGGUAGAUGUUUCGGGUUAUAAGUAUACAUGGGCGAGGGAUUGCGCUGGCUUGGGGAAAAUAGAAGAACGUUUGGAUAGGGAUCUGGUAACUCGUGAUUGGCUUGAUCAGUACCCAGAAGCAGUGUUGGUAAAUCAAGAGUUGUCUACGUCUGACCACCUUCCUAUUUUGCUGUGGUUUAAGAAAAUGGAAGUAGCUACUGUUCACAAAAAGUUCAGGUUUAAUAAUGUAUGGUUGGGGAAGAAAGAUUGCAAGGAUGUUGUGGGUUUUACUUGGCAUGGUCUGUUGGGGGCGAGCUUACCUGAAAAGCUGAAAGAAACAGAAAAAUCACUUAGAAGCUGGGCGGGAGUUACAGGUCCAAACUACAGAAGAAGGUUAGAUGGGUUGCGGAAAAAGAUGGGUGAGUUUCAGCGAAGAACUGAUGCGUGGGGAGGGAAGAAGAAGUUUAUUGGAAACAGCGCUCAAAAUGUUUCUGGUUAUCGGAAGGACACCAGAUAUUUUCAUAAUCAUGCUUCGACAAGGAAGAGGAAUAACCGAGUGUCAAGGCUGAAAGAUGAAGCAGGUAUUUGGAGAACAUCAAAACAGGAGGUGGAUGACAUAAUUCGGAGGUAUUUUUCCGAGUUAUUUUCUGAUUUUAAUUCAGAAAAUAUUGAUUUUAUUGAUGUUAAUCCGAGAGUCUCUAGUACAGACAAUGAGCGAUUGUUGGCUCCUAUUUCUGCUGUGGAAGUUAGAAAAGCAGUCUUUAGCAUGCAUAACGAUAAAUCUCCGGGUCCUGACGGAUUUAAUCCCGCAUUUUAUAAGUCUCACUGGGGUGUUGUGGGGGAUGAUGUAGUCAAGCUAUGUAGAGAUUUCUUUGCUAAUGGUUUUUUUGGUGAUGACCUUAAUAAUACAGCUCUUGUUUUGAUACCAAAAGUUAGCAAACCGGAAGUUGCUACUGAUCUAAGACCCAUUGCUCUGUGUAAUGUGGUUUAUAAAGUUAUUUCUAAAGUGCUGACUAAUCGAAUGAAAAAAUUGAUGCCUAAAAUAAUAUCAGAAAAUCAAAGUGCUUUUGUUGAAAAUCGUUUGAUUACUGAUAAUUUUCUUAUCGCGUAUGAGAUUGGGCAUUAUUUGAGAUGCAAAAGGAGAGGAAAAAAUGGUAUGGCGGCGCUUAAAAUAGACAUGAGUAAAGCAUAUGAUAGAGUUAGAUGGGAUUUUGUGGAAUUUAUGCUUAAAAAAUUCGGCUUUUGUGAUGAAUGGGUAAAAAUGAGUAUGUUCUGUAUUUCGUCAGUGACCUAUACGAGUAUAGGCGAUUGUACUAGUAUGGAUCCGAUUAUUCCUAGUCGAGGUUUGAGGCAAGGAGACCCACUUUCUCCUUAUUUAUUUAUUAUAUGUGCGGAAGGGCUUAGCCUUUUACUUUCUCAUGAGGAAGUUGCAGGCAAUUUACAUGGUGCGGUUAUUUGUAGAGGAGCUCCAUCUAUUAGUCAUUUGUUCUUUGCAGAUGAUUGUUUUUUAUUUUUUCGGGCUUCGUUGGAGGAAAUGAAUGUGGUGAAACGGGUGUUGGAUAAUUAUGAAAAGCUAUCGGGUCAGAAGGUCAAUUUUAAUAAGUCAAAUAUCAUGUACAGUGCCAAUGUUGAGAGGGAGGAUAGAGUACGCAUCAAUUCGGUGAUGAAUGUGGCGGAGACGUCGGAUAGUAAUAAAUACUUGGGGCUUCCUUCGUUAGUUGGACGGAAUAAGAACCAAAUUCUUGCAUUUAUUCGAGAUAGAGUUUGGAGUAAAGUGAAGGGUUGGAACUCAAAAUUCUUAUCUCGAGGAGGAAAGGAGGUUUUGAUUAAAACGGUAGCACAAUCAAUGCCGAAUUAUGUGAUGAAUGUUUUUUUGAUUCCGCUUCGCUUAUGUAAUGAACUAGAAAGAAUGCUAAACUCGUUUUGGUGGGGUAGAGAUCAAACAACAAAAAAAGGAAUUAGUUGGGCAAGAUGGGAGAAGUUGUGUAUCCCGAAAAAAUAUGGGGGUAUUGGAUUUAAAAGAGUUCGAGAAUUCAAUUUAGCUAUACUAUCACGGCAAGCUUGGCGUUUGCUAACCGUUGAGGAUAAUCUGAUGGUCAAGCUCUUUAAAGCUAAAUACUUCCCAAAUUCGACGUUCUUAGAGGCGGAAUUGGGAGCUAACCCAAGUUACGUGUGGCGAAGUAUAUUUGAGUGUAAACCGGUUCUUAAGAAAGGAGCGAGGGUGAGAGUGGGUAAUGGUGAGAAGACGCUCAUUUGGAGCAGUCCUUGGGUGAAUGGUAGUUCAGGAAUUAUCACCACCCCAAUGCCGAGCAAUCUAUGUGAUGCGAAAGUUAACAGUUUGAUGGAAAUAGGAGGAAGCACAUGGGACGUGGGGCUGGUAAAAGAUGUUUUUAAUGAAGGUGAUGCUGAGAAUAUCUUAUCUAUUCCUUUGAGCAGUAGGAAUAUCCCUGAUGGUUGGAGAUGGAUGUUCGAAAAGAAAGGAAACUUUAUAGUAAGGAGUUGCUAUAGGGCUCUUGGCGUUGAGCAUGAGGAGUUAUCUGAUUCCUUGUGGAGUCGUAUUUGGAAAAUUCCAGUGCCUCUUCAUGUUAGCAACUUCAUUUGGCGUACGUGUUCCGGUUUUUUGCCGACAUCCGAUGCCCUUGCAAGGAGAAGAGUGUAUGUUAAUGAGCAGUGUGCAAUUUGUAGUGCAGGGGUUGAUAGACCUGAUCAUAUUUUCUAUGGUUGCCAUGUAGCGGCUGUUUGUUGGCAGAGAAUGAAGGUGCCGCUGUUCCCAGUGGAUGGUUCUUUUCUCAGUUGGGUUGCGAGCUGGUUUGAGGAGUUGAGGGAGGAGGAUGUCGCGUUCGUUGCCAUGAUCUGUUGGCAGAUUUGGUUAAAUAGGAAUGCUGCCGUUUGGCGUCAGAAGUUAGGAACAGUGGACUCUAUAUUUCACCAAGCUUGUUCACAACUUGCAGCUUGGAGGGUUUCACGUAUUUCAGCUGGGAGUUUGAAGUCAGCGGUUCAGCUUCAAGGUGAUGGUCGGGAUAGAUGGAAACCGCCGGAGGAAGGGUGGCUGAAGGCAAAUGUAGACGCUGCGGUAUUCUCGGGUAAUGUUGGAGCAGGUGUAGGCGUAGUGGUCCGUGACUGGAAGGGGGCAGUGAUUCAAGCGUUGCAGGUGAGAUUCCAGGGAUGCUAUUCCCCGAGAGUGGCGGAAUUGAUUGGUAUUCGUGAAGCACUGAGUUGGCUUAAAGAUUUCAACAAUGUGAUUAUCGAGUCGGACGCGAUGGAGGUGAUUUUAGAGCUUCGUAAUCCGAGUCUUAUCGAUUCGGAUAUCUUAGUAGAGGAUUGCUUGAGUUUAAAGAAGCAGUUAUGUAAUGUUUUGUUUAUUUUCGUGAGACAUUCUGCGAAUCAGGCAGCGCAUAAUUUAGCGCAAUUUGCCAGUUCCAUUUCAGGACAUCAGGAGUGGUUCUGUCACUUUCCUGAAUACCUCACAAAUGUAACUGCUUUGGAUUAUUAA